GGAUAUGGGAAACUUAUAAUAUCCUCUCGAGGUAAAACCCACCAUAUAACUUCCUUCCCUGGGUCCUCUGCACGUGUUGCUCUGUUUGGCCUCAGCUUUCCUUCCCCUCACCUCCUCUUGUUUUCUCCCCCUCACCUCUUCCUAUCCUCUUCCUAUCCUCUUCCCAUCAUCCUCGCCCUGCCCAUUCUGCCCUCAAUUCCAUCAAACCUUCUUCCUUUUCAUCAUCUCCCAUCUCAUUGCACUCUCCGUCUUCGCUUCUAUUUCCUUCUCGAUCUCUACACGAGCCAUGUUUGCCAGAAGCCCGCCGACGACCCCCUCAAGAGCUCCCCGCUGAGCUGUCCGCCCCUGUUUGCCUCUCGACAAACCACCGCCGUCUUUCCCUCCCUUUGAUCAAAUACCAUAAAUAAAUAUAAUUGAUUCAUUACGAGUCACCAUGCCCAGUCUCGGAGGGCUCUUUGCCCUGCUGUUUCACACCAUUCCGAGCUUCUUGUAUCGCCUGGUCACCUUCGUCACCAUCACCCUGCCUACAUGGCUCUUUACCCUCUUCUCCAUGAGCCUGACCGUCACUAUGAACUUUACCACUCUUCUCCUCAUCCUCCUCGCUAUCAUCUCAACCGUCAUAUGGUUCGUUCGCUACCGCUACCUCAAUGUCUACAGCCGCCUGCCUCCCGAGCCCCAGCGCAAGGAACCACAGCUCGACCUCUUCCCGGACGCCCAGGAUGGUGAUUCCAAACCGGGCCUUGCCAACUACCUCGACGAGUUCCUCUCCGCCAUCAAGGUCUUCGGAUAUCUCGAGCGGCCCGUCUUCCAUGAGUUGACCCGCACCAUGCAGACCCGCAAGCUGAUCGCCGGCGAGACCCUGCAGCUGGAGGAGGAGCAAGGCUUUUGUCUCGUUGUCGAUGGUCUCGUCCAGAUCUUCGUUCAGUCCUUCCGAGAGGGCAACGGCAACGGCAACCACCACCGAUCGGACGAUCCCCCCGUCGAUGAUGACUCUGCCUCCUCUUCCUCCGAGAGCUUCCCCUCCGCCGAUGGCAAACAGGGCUACCAGCUGCUCACCGAGGUCAAGAACGGCGCCUCCAUGUCCUCCCUCUUCUCCAUCCUCUCCCUUUUCACAGAGGAUCUCCCUCUCGCGGCUCCGGGCCCGACCUCCACCACCACCAAGGAUGGUGACGCUGAGAGCGCUCCUGCCACCCCCGGUCUGUCCAUCGACCACAGCUCGCCCUUUGGCCGCAGAGACCGGAGCCACUCGGCCAUCCAUCUCGAUAGCCGCGGUGAAUUGCUGCCCGUCGUGCCCCCACUGCAUCUAGGCGAUAGCCACGCCAUACCCGCCGCCGCCGAGCAACACCGUCAAAGCACCCCCAUCAAACAUCGGCGCAAGACGUCGGUUCAUCAUCCCGAUGUUGUCGCCCGCGCCGUGGUCGACACCACCAUCGCCAUCAUCCCCGCCAGCGCCUUUCGCCGACUGACCCGACUGUACCCGCGGGCCACCGCCCAUAUCGUUCAGGUCAUCUUGACCCGCCUCCACCGCGUCACUUUUGCAACCGCCCACUCCUACCUGGGCCUUGCCACCGAAGUUCUCAAUAUUGAGCGCCAGAUGAACCGCUUCACCACCUUCGACCUGCCGAACGAUCUGCGGGGUGGCGCCCUAGACCGCCUCAAGGAUAAGUUCCUCAAGGAACGGGACCGUCUCGGCUCGGACGAGGUCACCAAGGGCAUCGCUCUCCACAACCCUUUCCCCGCCCGUCACCGCCGUCACCGCCGGUCCAGCAGCUCCCUCCGCAAGGAUGCCGCCCUCCACGCCAAGCUGGCGGCAACCCGCCGCCCUGCUUCUUCCGUCAUACUACCGGAACAGACAGUGGCGCCGACGCCGCCCCCCGCCGCGCGCGCGAGAAGCCCCAUGAGUCCAGACACCGACCGCAUCAGUCCCGGAGAUCUGCUGUCCACCAUCCAGAUGUCCCGUUUCGGGCGCCUGCAGAGCCCCUUGCUCGAGCGCGAACAGCCCCGCUUUCACCCCAGCACCAUCGGGGCCUCCGCUUCCCUACGACUCCAUCCAUCCUCUCACCCGGCCGGCCGGGUGGACGCCGGCGACGAGGAUGCUCUCUUCCGCCAGUCCAUUCUAGAUUGCAUCCUGCAGGGGCUCGGUCUCACGGAGAGUACUCGCGAUGCCCUGCGCAAGUCCCUACAGCAAUCCGGUGACGCCUCCCCCAAGCUGGUCUCCUACGACGCCCGUCGCCAAAAGGCCGUCUUCACCAACGCCUUUGGACUCAUCGACCCCGAAGAUAGUGGCCUUGCCAAUGGUGGUGGUGGUGGUGGUGGUGGUGGUGGUGGUGGUCCGGCAUCCAUAGUCGACGGGGAUUCCGAGUCCAUUCUCUCCUCCUCCAUCUCCGUCACUAGCGCCGGCGGCACCUCACCCGUCGCCAACCUUCGCGACGAGCUGCUUCACGACGUCGAAAUCGUCUACUUCCCGCAAGGCUCCGUCCUGGUCGAGCAGGGGGAACGUCACCCGGGCCUCUACUACGUCAUCGAUGGCUUUCUGGACGUCGGGGUGCCCGUAACGGACAAGUCCGACAAUAAGGAUCUCGUCUCUUCCUCGCACCUGCAUCAUCCAACGGUGUCCAAGGAGAAAGAGGAGGAGAAGGACCCCUUCCCAAACCUGCGGAGGACCGCCACGAGCACCUCACGCGUCUCCUCCAGCAGGGCUACUACGGGAGCCAGCACCGAUCAUACGCGCCGCAAGCGGCCGCAGGCCCGCCGCUCCAUUUACAUGAUCAAGCCAGGCGGUCUGCAGGGCUACAUUGGGUCCAUCGCCUCGUAUCGCUCCCAGACGGACGUUGUUGCCCAGACAGACGUCUACGUCGGCUUUCUGCCGCGUGCAUCCUUGGAGCGCAUCGCCGAGCGCUACCCGAUCGCUCUUCUGACGCUGGCCAAGCGGAUGACAAGCCUCCUGCCUCGCCUGUUGCUACACAUCGAUUUUGCUCUGGAAUGGGUCCAGGUGAACGCCGGUCAGGUCAUCCAUCACCAGGGCGACGAGAGUGACGCCAUCUAUCUCGUCCUCAACGGUCGCCUGCGUGCCGUCCGCGAGGGCCCCAGCGGCAAGAUGACUGUCACCGGCGAGUACGGCCAGGGCGAGAGCGUCGGCGAGCUCGAGGUCAUGACUGAGUCCACCCGCCCGGCCACCCUGCACGCCAUCCGCGACACCGAACUGGCGCGGUUUCCCCGCUCGCUCUUCAACAGUCUCGCUCAAGAACAUCCCGGUAUCACCAUUCAGAUUUCCAAACUCAUCGCCCAGCGGAUGCGCGAUCUGGUCGACCUCCCGCGCGCAGAUCCUGGCGGCGCCGAGCCGGGGCCCGGCGGGACCGUCAAGACGGCCACGUCGACGGUUAACAAUCUACGCACCGUCGCCGUCCUGCCCGUGACCGCGGGCGUCCCCGUGGUUGAAUUCGGUCACCGGCUGCUGCAUGCCUUGCACCAAAUCGGCGUGCACAACGGCGUCACCUCGCUCCAUCAGGCAGCCAUCCUCAACCACCUAGGCCGCCACGCCUUCAGCAAGAUGGGCAAGCUCAAGCUGUCUCAGUAUCUAGCCGACCUUGAGGAGAAGUACGGCAUGGUCGUCUACAUCGCCGACACCCCCGUCAACGCCCCCUGGACCCAAACCUGUAUCACCCAGGCCGAUUGUAUCCUUCUGGUCGCCCUGGCCGAGGCGCCCCCAACCGUGGGCGAGUACGAACGCUUCCUGCUCGGCAUGAAGACCACCGCCCGCAAGGAGCUCGUCCUGCUGCAUGCAGACCGGUACUGCGCGCCGGGGGUCUCGCGCCGCUGGCUGAAGAAUCGGGUCUGGAUCAACGGCGGCCACCAUCACAUCCAGAUGGCCUUCCGUCUGACGGCGGAGCCCGCCCAUCCGCAGACGAAGAGGUUCGGCACCGCCCUGAAGCAGCGUGUGCAGGUCCUGCAGGCGGAGAUCCAAAAGUACACCUCGCGUCGCAUCCGACAGGCCCCGCUGUAUGCGGCACACACACCGUUCAAGGGCGACUUCCAUCGUCUUGCGCGGCGUCUGUGCGGGCGGUCGGUCGGUCUGGUGCUCGGCGGCGGCGGGGCGCGGGGCAUCGCCCACGUCGGAGUCAUCAAGGCGCUGGAGGAGGCCGGCAUCCCGAUCGAUCUGGUCGGCGGCACGUCCAUCGGCGCCUUCAUCGGGGCGCUGUACGCGCGCGACGCCGACGUCGUGCCGUUGUAUGGGCGGGCCAAGAAGUUUGCGGGCCGCAUGGGCAGCAUCUGGCGCUUCGCGCUCGACCUGACCUACCCGACCAUCUCCUACACCACUGGCCACGAGUUCAACCGCGGCAUCUUCAAGACUUUCGGUGACGGACAGAUCGAGGACUUUUGGCUCGAGUUCUACUGCAACACGACCAACAUCAGCCGCUCGCGCGCCGAGUUCCACUCGUCCGGCUACGUGUGGCGCUACGUGCGGGCCUCCAUGUCGCUGGCGGGCCUGCUCCCGCCCAUCUGCGACGAAGGCAGCAUGCUGGUCGACGGCGGCUACAUCGACAACCUGACCGUCGCGCACAUGAAGGGGCUCGGCGCCGACGUCAUCUUCGCCGUCGAUGUCGGCUCCAUCGACGACAACACCCCACAGGGUUACGGCGACUCGCUCUCGGGCUUCUGGGCCGUGCUCAACCGCUGGAACCCCUUUUCCACCUGUCCCAACCCGCCCACCCUCUCCGAAAUUCAGGCGCGGCUCGCCUACGUCUCGUCGAUCGAUAACCUCGAGCGCGCCAAAAACACCCCCGGCUGCCUGUAUCUGCGCCCGCCCAUCGACCGGUACGGCACCCUGGAUUUCGGCCGUUUCGAUGAGAUCUACCAGGUCGGAUAUGCAUAUGGCAAGCAGUACCUCGACCGCCUGAAACACGAAGGCGGGCUGCCCAUUCCCGAAGAGACGGAGGAGAAGAAGAAGCUCCAGCGGACGAUGGCGCCGCGCAGAGCCAGCAUUUAGAUAAUGACAUUGAUCAAUAGUUAGAAUAAUAGAACACGCCAAGCACUUGUAUAUAGUUGCCGUACUUGUAUAUAGUUUCAAUCUAUAGAUAUAUGUAUACAUCUAGACAUGCUUUUGCUAGCGUAAUAAUAUUAUAUAUAUUGAUGAAGAAUACAACUGAAUUAGUACAACGGGAUUCAAGUUAUUAAGCAUUAAUACUAGAUAAUAAUAACAGGCAAGAAGAGUGUGUCUGGGGUAUUUCAUCGUCAAUAUAUGCGUAUGCAGUAAGUCAUAACCCGUGCCGUAUAUGUAACCAUAUAAGCGAACGAUCCGGCAAUUACCCAUUACCCAUACCAUGUAGCUACCUAGAC